GAUUACAUUGAUCCAACACCGUUCUAAGCUGCCGAUCGCGUCGUGUCACAAUCGCCUCGUCCAACGAUUCAACUCCGAGUGCUCACCAGUCCCCAACGAAUCCAUCGAGAAUCGCCCAAAACUCUCAACCGAAUUAUAACAAACAUGCCGCUCUGUGGAGGAACAAGGACGGUGCAGCGCAAGCUGGUCCUAUUAGGCGAUGGUGCAUGCGGGAAGACUUCACUUCUCAAUGUCUUCACAAGAGGAUACUUUCCCACUGUCUACGAGCCAACAGUAUUCGAGAACUAUGUCCAUGACAUCUUCAUCGACAAUGUUCAUGUCGAGCUAUCACUAUGGGACACUGCCGGACAGGAAGAGUUCGACCGGUUACGAUCGCUCUCGUACGAUGAUACACACGCCAUCAUGCUCUGCUUCAGCGUUGAUUCUCCUGACUCACUCGAGAACGUGGAGAGCAAGUGGGUAGGCGAGAUUACCGAGAAUUGUCCAGGCGUUCGCUUGGUCCUAGUUGCGCUGAAGUGUGACUUGCGGGAGCAACAAAGGGAAGAGGAGGAGGAGGGUGCACCCAAUGAUCCGAAAAGACCUAUGAUCGACUACAAGGCAGGUCUAGCUGUGGCAGAGAAGAUUCGGGCUCUCAGAUAUCUCGAGUGUUCCGCUAUGAAGAAUCGAGGUGUGAACGAGGCCUUCACGGAAGCAGCGCGCGUCGCGCUCCAGGUCAAGAACGUCAAGGGAGACAAACAGAAGGGACUGUCAUGCUCUCUGAUGUAAGGAUGACAGAUCGUGCCCAACGCGCCGGGCUUCACGAAUUCCAGAGGACACAAGAAACAACCUUACAGGUGUUCUCCUACCGCCGACACAUCUGCACUCAUCCCGCGACUGCCAUCCCGUCGACAAUCUUAACCUGCACCGGCUUGCCAUUAAUCUCCUGCAGUCUGCACUCGCCUUCGCCUGCGGUGCAGUGCAGCUUUUCCUUUGUGUCUCUGGCCUAAUUUGAUACACCCUUUCCACGGCGUUUGGCGGUUUUGUGGUUUGAAUGCGAUUUAGCCAGGGCUUUGUCGCGAUACGUACACGCUGGCUACUUUGUUC